AUGCACUUGUCAUCUGAAUGUCUCGAAGAUCUUAAAUACCUUGAUUUGGAAGAUGAGGUGACGGAGCAUAACCGGUACAAAAAUGAACUGAAGGCUAUAAAAAAGCAUUAUGACGAAACAUCUGACGUCAGGCAGAAGCGGUGUGGGAGUGUGAGGAAUAAGGCAUUGUUUGAAGUAUAUAAUUCACGGACUACUUUGCGAACUGCUCGUUCAUAG